AAGAAGAAGGGGCAGGCAGCUGGUGACAGCCGAAGUGAACCGCUCCCCCAGCCGUCAGUAACCUGGAUCAAACGGAGACGUUACCGGGACAGCCCGAUGGGAGCCCCGGAGUACCGUUAGUCAACGUUCGCUGGUCCCGGGAGGCGUUUUUUUCGAACUUGGAGCUGUGUUGGUUGGCAACAGUCCCACUAAUGCUGUCGUUGGUGCUGAUGGCAAACUGAGUUAACACUGUUGCUUCGAGUUUUAGCAUAGGUAACGUUAGCUGCACCGUCAGGCAUCUAGCAAGCACAAGCUCCACUAACCUCACUGUUUACGGUCCCGUCGAGGAGCCCGUUUCUGUAGCCCGUCAGGCUAUCGACAAAACGUCAGGUGGUCGGACGCUCACUAAAGAUGGGUGACAUAAACCCAUCGACAUCCCAUGCCUUUCAGUCGGAGGGUUUUAGUCCGCCAUACAGGAGGAGGAGGACAGUCGAGGAUUUUAACAAGUUUUGCACUUUUGUCUUGGCCUACGCCGGUUACAUCCCAUAUCCCCAGGAGGACUCUCCUCUGCGCAGUAGCUCCAGCCCCCCCAACAGUACAGGCAGCACUGCUGACAGUGAUGGCUGGACCCCAGGACCCCCACCUUCAUGCCCUCCACGCCCUCCCAAGGUCCCCCAGGACAGGAGCAGGAAACGUCCUCAGCCAGGACCCACGCUGUCCCCUCACACCACGAAAGAUCACACAAUCACCACUCUGCAUCCUGACGACCGCAGGAAAGCAGACAAGCUGAAGAAAAAAAAGAGGAGAAAGGAGAGGGAGCAUCAGUCUGGCGAGGAAAGUGGGGAUCAGCAGCCCCACUCGGCGGUUCCAGACAUGGAGUGCCCCCUCUCCUUUGGUGGCCGAACAAUCAAAGAAGAGCCUGAAGAUGAUAUCAGCAUUCCCCUCCACCCCCAGUGCCUGCCGAGCCCAUCUCCCUGCAAGGAGGAGCCCAAGGAGGAGCGUCGAUACUGGGAUGGUCGAGACCUUGAGGAAGGGGUGGUAAAGGUACAGAAGGUGGAGGGCUUUUCAGGAAGCAGAACGGUGUUCCGUCAGGGGAAGCAGGUGGUGUUCAGAGACGAAGAUGGUUCAGGAGAGGAUGAGGACAUAAUGGUAGACUCAGAUGACGACUCGUGGGACCUGGUGACGUGUUUCUGCAUGAAGCCUUUUGCGGGCCGGGCCAUGAUCGAAUGUAACAAGUGCAACACCUGGAUCCACCUGUCAUGCGCCAAGAUCCGCAAGAGUCACGUGCCAGAGACAUAUGUGUGCCAGAGCUGCCGAGAGACACACGGACCCCCAGAUGCCCGCCGCUCCCACCGCUCACGUGUAGGCCCACGUAAACAUCUGCUAGACUGACCCCAGACCAAACCCUGAACUCUGGCCCCUACUGCUCCUGCUUACCCUCCACCUGCUGGACUGCCCCUUCCUCAAAUUCAGGUCUAGCACCCUCCGAACUCUGUCCUUCAUGGUCAGCCAUGAACCCACAUUUUCUAUAAACACUUUGGUGGACCUAUCCCAAGCCCUUAUCCCAUUUGAAAACAGUUUGAGUGCUAUUUUAGAUUUACUAAGGUUUGUUCCUGCUUCCUACAGACUCUGCGUAAGGCAAUCACUGAAUGGAUGUCUGUCUGUAGAUGACAUUAGCAUAGCAGCAAACCUCUACUGUUGGGACUUGGUGUCUCGUGAACACUGGAAACAUUUGAACUGCCAUAUAGAAAGUAUAUCCUACACAACUGCCACCCACUAUGGUGCAUGCUGGGAUUUGUGGGAAAGAUGGUUUGCACUUUCUCUCACUUUUUUUUUAAACCCGUCUGACUUUCUGUCAUAGAGACAGGCGUGUCUUUCUGAUUAAACUGGAUUUGAUUUCUUUCUGAUGCCUCUAUUAAUGUUACAUAAUUAACCAUUUAAAAAGAGAAAGCAAGUUAAGCCUCGUGUUAAUUGCUUCAGAUGGUGCUAUUGUAUUAAGCUGAGGUAUAAUCCAAUAGAACAAAGAUGUAGGGUAAGAGGCUAGAGUCUGCAUCUGCUUCAUCCGUUUGUUGUUCUGUUUUGUUAUCUAAGACAUUGUGAAAGAAUAUCAUUGAGGCUGUAAGCCCAUACAGCUCAACCAAGCGCUUGUUCUCCUCCCCUCUACUUCACAAGUUGUCUUCCAGCCUCAGCCAUUCCUCUGAAUCAAGAUAUUACUCAGCCAUACACAGAGCUUUCACACUCUCUUUCUCAUACCAGUAUUUUUAUUUAAACAGCUUUCCCCUCCCCUAAUAAAUACAAUAUUAUUUAACAGUUUAAAAAGUCACAUAACUGACAAGAAUCUGAUAACAGUUUUCAGUAAAGACGUAUUCUGUUGCCUCUGGUCAGUAUGAUUUUGCUGCAUUUCAUUGCCAGGUUGGGGAAUAUAGUAUUGUUCAAGAAUACUUAUUUUUCAAACCAUUUUUUACAUUUCCCUUAGUUACCUGUUUCAUGCUCAAGACAAAGUUUUCAGAGACAAAUAUAUUUAUAUAAGGGAAGUCGUAUGGCCGUCCUGUUGAAAUGUUAUCAGAAAACAAAGCUAUCUUAACUGGAGUAGUGUUGGUGCAGAGGUUCUCUCAAGGAGUCCAGUUGAAAUUAUGCAUGUGAGUGUGUUUGAGUAAGGGUGUCGGCGAUGCAUGUGCUGCUAAGAGUUGUCUCAACUAAGCCCCAUGGUUUUAGGUCUUUUGUGAGAUGGAGAAAUAGCAUGGGCAAGGUCGGUUUAUUUUGUCUCUGAAGAGUCAGAUGAGAAGAACAGAUCUCAGUCCCUCAUCACCUCUUGCUAACGUUUCCACAGCAGUAUUCAUUUCCGCGAUGCAAGUUAAUGGAAAAUGUUUUAUUUUUUCGUACAUUUUUCCUCUAAAUCUUGCUCCAAUUUGGAUUAAAGAUUUUUAAGGUUUGUUAUUCAUGUGCCAUCUGCUGUUGGACCUGUCGGUGUAGGCUACGUGUUGUUUCUGAUUAUAUAAAAGCCAUACUGUAGAGUGACAGAUUUUAGACUCAGAACCUCAGAUUUUGUUCCAGGAUGGGGUUUUACAAUGCAGAAUCAAAGACUUCACCAGGGAACGACUAACACACACAAUGAAUGUUUGGUUUGUAAAGAACACAAGACUUUCCAAGAGUUUAAAGUAGUUAAGCUCAUCUGUGCACUCUCGUCUUCUGGUAUCUACAAAUGUUGGUUAACUGGUUUCUUACCCAGCAAUCGCCCAGAUUGUGAUGCUCUUAAGGUGUUUCAAGACCUAAAGUCAUUUGCUGUUUCUCAGGACAUGUAUGUCUUGAAGAGAAUCUGACGACAUCUUCAGGCACAAAUUCUUACUUUUAGUCUGCGUCUGAGCGACGUUAGUGUAAUUAAUGUUGACAGUGCUCAUUGUGAUACAGCUUGUUUAUCCUGAUCCUGGGUUGUCCUAUCCCCGUACUGAGAAAGCGUUGUCUGUACUGUGGUGCAAACUGUUUCUGUGAAACUACUGUAAACUAUUGUAAAUAAAGAGUUACCAUUUUAA